AUGCGCACAAAUAUAUCUGAUCAUAUCCAAUUAUUCUAUAAACUGAAUGAUCAAAUACGUUUAGAGUUCAAUAGUGUAUUGAUCACGUUAAAUGAAGCAGAUUGUUCUUCAGUGGGUAAAAUUUUGACCACAACAAAAUAUGCUUUGAAUGAGCUUGAUGAAACCGAAAAGCGAUCUUUAAUAUUCAUUAUUCCUGAAUUUGAAUCGAUCAGUUUAACAACAUUUGAAAAUUUUGUUACAUUACUUGGUUUACAAAUAAAAUCAAUAUCAAUUUUAUUGAUAGUUGGUUUUCGUGGUGGUAACAAUUCAUUGCAACGUUUAGUUUCAAGUGGUAUAUCAUCGGUAUUGUCCAUCGACAAAACACAAAAUUCAAGUCCGAAAAAAUAUUUUGAACACAUCAUUAAAGCAGUAAAGAAAUCUCUCUUACUCGAGUAA